GCCCCGUCUGAGCCGAGGCGACGCGUCCUCCUCCCGCAGCUCCUCAGUCUGUCUGAGUCCAGUCAGUGGGUCAACAGCGCCUCCAGAUCUCUCCACGCUUCACUUUCACCCGCAAAUUCCCGUCCAUCAUGAGAGAAAUCGUGCACAUCCAGGCCGGCCAGUGCGGGAACCAGAUUGGUGCCAAGUUCUGGGAGGUGAUCAGCGACGAGCACGGCAUCGACCCGACGGGAACCUACCACGGAGACAGUGACCUGCAGCUGGACAGGAUCAGCGUCUACUACAAUGAAGCCACUGGUGGGAAGUACGUGCCCAGAGCCAUCCUGGUCGACCUGGAACCCGGGACCAUGGACUCGGUUCGUUCUGGACCCUUUGGCCAAAUCUUCAGGCCUGACAACUUUGUGUUUGGUCAAAGUGGAGCUGGAAACAACUGGGCCAAAGGUCACUACACGGAGGGGGCGGAGCUGGUGGACUCGGUCCUGGACGUGGUGAGGAAGGAGGCCGAGAGCUGCGAGUGCCUGCAGGGUUUCCAGCUCACACACUCCCUGGGCGGAGGCACCGGCUCCGGCAUGGGCACCCUGCUCAUCAGCAAGAUCAGAGAGGAGUAUCCCGACCGCAUCAUGAACACCUUCAGCGUGGUGCCAUCACCUAAGGUUUCAGAUACAGUGGUGGAGCCGUACAACGCCACGCUGUCCGUCCACCAGCUGGUCGAGAACACGGACGAGACCUACUGCAUCGACAACGAGGCCCUUUACGACAUCUGCUUCCGCACCCUCAAACUCACCACGCCCACCUACGGCGACCUCAACCACCUGGUGUCGGCCACCAUGAGCGGCGUCACCACCUGCCUGCGCUUCCCCGGCCAGCUCAACGCCGACCUGAGGAAGCUGGCCGUCAACAUGGUCCCCUUCCCCCGCCUCCACUUCUUCAUGCCGGGCUUCGCCCCCCUGACGAGCCGGGGCAGCCAGCAGUACCGGGCCCUGACCGUCCCGGAGCUCACCCAGCAGGUGUUCGACGCCAAGAACAUGAUGGCGGCCUGCGACCCGCGGCACGGGCGCUACCUGACGGUGGCCGCCGUGUUCCGCGGCCGCAUGUCCAUGAAGGAGGUGGACGAGCAGAUGCUGAACGUCCAGAACAAGAACAGCAGCUACUUCGUGGAGUGGAUCCCCAACAACGUGAAGACGGCCGUGUGCGACAUCCCGCCGCGCGGCCUCAAGAUGGCCGUCACCUUCAUCGGCAACAGCACGGCCAUACAGGAGCUGUUCAAGCGCAUCUCGGAGCAGUUCACCGCCAUGUUCCGCCGCAAGGCUUUCCUCCACUGGUACACCGGCGAGGGCAUGGAUGAGAUGGAGUUCACGGAGGCGGAGAGCAACAUGAACGACCUGGUGUCCGAGUACCAGCAGUACCAGGACGCCACGGCCGAGGAGGAGGGCGAGUUUGAGGAGGAGGUGGAAGAGGACGCCUAGAAAAAAGAAUGACGAAGAAGGAAAAGGAAGUUCAUAACCAAAAUUUAAAAAAAAAAUGAAAGAAAAAUAGGAAAAAAAAAAAAGAAAUGAGGUGGCUGUGAGAAGAGUUGGUUAGAGGAAAGACGGAAAGAAACGAUGGUGAGAAUGGAAGUAGACAGAGAAAAAGACCAAAUUAACGUGCCAUGAUUUACAGCUUCACGUGAUGCUGUUAUUGGUUUUAUCAAUAGUCUCCCUAAAUCUUUUUUUUAUACUAAGCCCUUGUGUUGUAGUCAUCAUACGCCGCUCUUUUUACUGCUGCCUAGAAAUAAAAAACAGAAACAAAGUAAUGAAUUAUUUAAAUCAAACAUUGCACUUAUUCAUUCCCUCCUCAGUUUUGCCAAAUUUGCUCCUUAAUUUCUCCCAUCACUUCACCUGAGAGACGGUAUUUAACAUUCAGAUGACAGAUUUAAUCCUUAACUGGCUCAUUAUUAAAGCUUUUUUUUUUUUUAAACAAAUAAACAUGAAAAUAACACAUAAGUCACGAAUAAUCAUAAUGAUCUGUCAGGGCAUUUGUUGAUGAUAAGAACCAGAAAGUCCUGCUCAACUUAUCCAAUAAUGUCAGAAGUUGCAGGAAGUCGAACCUGGAACCUGAGCGUGAGCUUCAUCCCAACAUUAAUGUGAAAUCAUCGUCAGUGUUAACUGCUUUUAUCAGUCUUUAGGAUCCACUGAGUGAUAAAUGUGAAUGUCAGUUUUAGGUGCAACAAUUAUUAUCAGUAUUUGUUUUUGUAAACUUGAUAAUCACACUUUUAUUGUUGCUAUUAUCACAUUCGCUUUACAUAUUAGUGUAAUUCAAGGCUUUAACUGGUUAAAUACACAUUCUUCUUGUCACGUUGUAGAAUCCGUUAAUGUUAAAACUGAACUGGAACUGAAAUUGAACUGUGCGUUUUAUGUUAUUCAGAAAGCAGUGAAUCAAAAUGCCGGUUUUAUUCAUAGUCUUGAGUUUCAGCGCAGCAGGAGCGAGAUCUUUCCUCAGACGCCAGCCAACGUUGUGAGGAGGUUUACACGCUGCAGAUUCUCAAAACCUCCAAACCUGUCGGCCCCUAAGAACACAUUGGACCUGGACCCAAACUGAUCUGCUUUUAUGAGUCGUAGCUCAAAAAGAAACAUGAUUCUGAACUAAGUAUUGUAUUUUAAAGCAUUGCAAAAUGAAAUGAAUCCAACUUAAGUUAAAAAAAAAAAAGCAACACGUCGCUAUAAUAAAGAUCAAUUCAUAACUAGUGACAUGUGUUUUAAAGGUUCUAUAUUAGACCAUUUUACAGGUUAAUUAAAGUGUUGUGUGUCUCCAUGAUGUGUGCUACAUGCUUUAAAUGUAAAUGAGCACUUCCUCAUAUGAUGAUACAUGGAUGACACAUAAUUAUAAAUUAAAUAAAUAAAUAAUGAGAAAGUGGAGAUAUGGGACCUUUAAAGAAUUCCCAGGAUUCAUUUCAGCUGUUUCUUUUUAUCCCACAACAUUCAGCGCAGCAGCUCAACCUCUUCAGCACAUUUAAUAACUCACAGUUUAAUUAUUAAGGUGGAUUAUUAAGGUGGAUUCAAGUAUAUUUACAAAUUUCCUCUGAAUGGGUUUAAAUGUUUACACUGCGUUAUUCCUUGAAACAAACCAGAAGUUGUUCAUGUUCAGUGUGUGGAUCUCAGCCAUGUUGUCUUUAUGUUUGUGUAACGUCUCUGUGCGGCUUCAUUGACGCUUAUUAUUAUUUUUUUUUUUUAAAUUCCUUUGGAACCGUUUCCCUUUGGAUCCUGUUGACUGUGAAUCAUUUGGGAGAAAUAAAAAAGGCAUUUGUAGGAAAAUAAA